AGUGACGCGGUAGCUCUCGUAGACGGUGGACGGAUUUGCGAUUUUCACUUUCGCACUUGGCGGGAGUAGUGUUAGUUAUUUUACGUACUUUAUUAUGACUUAUUUUAGGUCCACCUUUUUUAAACUGUUCCAAUGAAAGAAAAUAAUUGUUUCUAUUUAAACAAUUUGUGUAAAAACUUUAUGUGGGAUUGUCAUGAUACUUAAUUAUCAAGGUGCCUAGAAAAGAUGCACUGCUUGUGGAUACUGGUGGGAGUAGCGACUUUCCUUAAAAUAGCUAUUGCUAUGAGUGUGGUAUCCGGUGAAAAACAAUACUUGCGUUUGGAACACCCCAAACAUGAUAAAAGGGACACAAUACAGAAAACUACGACCUCAUCUGUUGACUAUUAUAGAAAUGUUCCAGCUUCCACACUAGAAUUAAAAAAUGACAUUCGUUAUGCAGAUAUACAUAAUUCGAAAAUCCAAAGGUCAAGUUCACACAGAAAAACGAGGAAAAGGAGUAACGAGUCUAAUGAAAUCUUCAGCAAUUUAGAUGAAGGCCUUUUAAGGUUUAGGCGUGAACUGGGACCAUCCAACAUCAUCAUCUCUCAACAUUUUACGGAAAAAGUUGUAACUCCAGGAGAAGAUAUAAGCUUAGAAUGUACAGCCACAGCAGAUAGACCGCCACGAUUUGUUUGGGAGAGAGAUGGCGUAGUGAUAUCCUCAAACACGGAUUCCAGAUACAUUCUGGGACAAAUGAUGUCAUCAUCAGGAAUUGGUGUCAUCUCACACUUCAAUAUAUCCAGAGCUAGAGUUGAAGAUGGUGGCUUGUUCUCCUGCGUUGCGUACGAAGGGGACUCCAGCACAAGCCACGUAGCCCGUGUAGAUGUUUUUGGUCCACCCUACAUUAGAACCUUGCCGCCUAUCAAAGUACAAAGUGGGCAACCAUUGAGAUUACGUUGUCCGUACUAUGGAUACCCCAUAAGUAAACUUGAAUGGGAACAUAAAGGGAAAAAAAUUGUCAAUUCGAUGCUACCUCAACAUUCACGAUAUAAACGCUUUGUUAUUGAGAAAGGUCGAAAAAAUGCGAGAAAAAAAAGAAAGAAACGACAGUUAUUUGAACCAGUGGAGGAUGGAGUACUCAAUAUACCUAGAGUACUCAAGGAACAAAAUGGAGACAUGUACACAUGUAUUGUUUAUAGUCCGUCUGGUGAGAUGGCUAGAAGAUCAUUCGAAAUUCAAGUGGUAGAAGCUCCAGCGUUAGAUGAACUCCGCGUUGGUACAGGCUUAAAAGAAGGACAAAUUGUACAAAUUACGUGUAAUAUUAUCAGUGGGGAUCCACCUAUAUUUUUUUCCUGGCUAAAAGAUGGGAUGAAGAUUCCUGCAAGCUUAAAAAUAAAUGAACGAAGUUCAGAGUUGUUUAGCGUUUUAAUCAUAAAAAGAGUUUCGUUAGAGCAUUGUGGUAAAUACACGUGCAUUGCAACAAAUCAUGUUGGGAAAGUGAAUCAAACGGCAGAUUUAUACAUAAAUGUUGCUCCGAAAUGGGUAGAAGAACCGACAAAUACGUCUUUAUUGUUAGGCCAACGUGGUGUAAUUUAUUGUAACGCAAAUGGAUAUCCCACACCCCAGAUUCAUUGGAUGAAGAGAGAUGCUGCUCUUGGCAUAUGGCGACCAGUCCUUGACCUUGCUGGUGGAGGUGUUAUUAGUUACCCUAAUGGGACACUUAUAAUUGAGGUAGUGUCACUAUCCGAUGAAGGCGUUUAUGCAUGCAACGUGGAAAAUGGCGUUGGGGAAGCACUGAAUAAAAAUUUGUGGAUAAGUGUUAAUAAGCCAGUGCAUUUUGAAUCGGUGGGAACCAACCUCACGACUAAACUAGGACUACCUGUUACAUUACCUUGUCGACCGCUUGGAGACAGUCCUAUGAGAGUUAAGUGGACCGUUAAUGGCACGCCAGUCGACUUCACCACUUCAAGAAUAACAGUAUCGGAAAGCGUGACUCCAAAUGGUGUUAAAAGUACUAUCAAUAUUAAUUACGUUGAAAGUAGAGACGGCGGGGCUUACGAGUGCAGAGCAAGCAAUCCCUAUGGUGUGGCAACCUAUGUUAUACAUCUCAAUAUUCUUGAGCCACCAACUCCACCUUUAGACUUACAAGUGGAUUCAGUAACGAGUAAUUCGGUGAAACUGUCAUGGAGGGAUACCAUCAGUGCGCAUGUGCAAUAUUACACAAUCCAAUAUUCAACAAAUAACUACAUGCUUUGGGAUUCUGGAAAAAAUAUAAAUAUUACAAGGCAAGAAAACGAUAUACGACAAAGCAUAGAGCUACGAGACCUUCAACCUGCAGUAGACUACAGAGUACGAAUAGCGUCAGGAAACCAAGUAGACCUAAGUCCGUAUACACCACCUGUACAUUUCACUACCAUGCAAGAAGCACCUUCAUCGAGUCCGUUAAGCGUCCAAGUUCAAUCCACGGACAAUCCGGGAGAGCUGAUCGUGUCAUGGAUAACUCCACCAAGAGAUACACACAACGGUCCACUGCAGGGAUAUCACGUGAAAGCAGUUCCGAGAAUUAGUGGUGACUCAGGUCUCAACGAUACGUAUACUAAAAUGGUAAAGGUAACACCGCGAAAUGGAAAACAAGAGACUAUUCUGAGUGGACUUUUAAAGAAUACCAGAUACGCCGUAUCAGUUAGUGCUUUCAAUUCGGCGGGUACAGGACCAUACUCUUUGCCGGUUUAUCAAACUACGAGAGAAGGAGCACCCGAGCAUCCGCCCGCUUCCGUUGAAUGUCGUGGAGUAUCUUCCUCAUCCUUGCGGGUGACUUGGCAGCCUAUUACUGCACAGGGAACUUCUCUACUUGGUUACACAAUACAUUACAGCACUGAAGAUGGCCCAUGGCUAAAUUUGACUUCACCGCAUUCAGAGCUCUAUCUGCAGGGGCUACUCAAAUACACAAAUUAUACGAUAAAAGUGGCUGGUUUCUCUAGCUACGGUAUCGGGCCGUUCUCUUACCCUGUUGUGUGCACUACGUUACAAGAUGUUCCUGGCCCACCAUCGGCUAUUAAGCUCCUAGUUUCAUCACCUACGUCGCUUCUUGUCAGCUGGAAGAAGCCAGAUCAGCCAAAUGGUGAAAUCACUCAUUACACAGUCUACGUGAAGCCUAUUUCAAGUACUGGUGCACCUCAAAACUAUAGAAUUGAUGCAACGCAAGAAUCGAACCUGUCUCGCCAGUUCACAUUCCCUUUAACUGGUCUAUCUAUGGGGAGACAAUAUGAAGUGUUCGUGAGAGCUCAUACUCCAGCGGGUGAAGGAUCACCAAGUAACAGAGUGCAUGCAGAACUAACAACUAAAGUGGUAGCCGGCGUGUCAUCUCUCGGCGGACCUGUAUCGGUGGGAGUAGGCAGUUCCCUGCUGCUUGCUUGCGCUUGUGCGGGAGCCCCACCACCACGUACCGUGUGGUAUCACAACAAUAAUAUUAUCACACACCACCCAAGAUUUACUAGGAACCAUGACGAUAGUCUCCUUAUUAACAAUAUUGAUCAAUCGCUAAGCGGAAAUUACACGUGCUUAGCCAAAAACUUGUACGGUUCUGACUCUGUUUCGUACGAAGUUUCUGUAUUACCAACACCUGAACCGCCAAGCCUGAGAGUAACAUCGCAUAAGAAUGCACUUCAUCUGCAAUGGGACCCACCUCGGAAAGUAAAUGGGAAAACACAAAAGAUAUGUUAUAACCUGACUUGGAAAGAAGCAAAUGUUUCAUGGCAAGACUCGUGGUCUAACAAGGGUACAUCCAUCCGUGAUAUGUACGAGUUUACUCUGCAAGGAUUGAAGUGUGGCACCAAAUAUUCCUUGAGAAUGACAGCAGCUAACAGUGUCGGAUCAUCUCUGCCUUCGUACGUUGAUGCCACAACUUUAGGAGGAGUACCAAUAGCACCGACAACAACAGAAUGGUUUUGGAGUAAUGCAAGCCACAUUUACAUUCAACUGAGCGGAUGGGAUGACAAUGGAUGCGAAAUAACUAAAUGGGAAGUUGAUUACAAGGAAUAUGGCGGCAAAUUAUGGAGAAAAGCAGAGAAUAAGCUGCCACAAAUAGACCAGGCAUGGAAUCGCUACAUCGCAGCGUCAAUAUUGAAUCAACCAAACACAUUCGUUAUUGCCGAUCUAUCGCCCGCGCAAUGGUAUCAAAUCAGAAUCGUUGCAGAAAAUGCAGCUGGAAUUGCGACAUCACUUUAUACAUAUGCUACAACUACUAUUUUGGGAGAAUCAAUCGGUCCUCCGUCCGACUUCAUCGACCUCAAUAUGUUAGUUAUAAUUUGCAGUUCCAUUCUUUUGAUGUUAUGCUCGCUGGCAUGUGUUUACAUUUUGGUUAAAAAGCAUAAUCACCAAAGGCUAACUGAGUACCGUAACUCCCUGACAGCGGAAUGCAAAUCGGAACGUAGUAAUGCAACAGUUAAUACGCCACAAAGUGUGCCAAAUGAUGUCAAUAACCGAGUGUACAGUACACCUGUGCACCUGACUGCAGAAAAUAAGCACGAGCUUUACGAAAUAAGCCCAUACGCACAGUUUGCGAUCGGAUUCCGCACGUUUGGACACGUUGAUAAUCAAGAGAUACCAAGUAGAAUCCACAUACCUGGUAAUAGCAAGUCUAGAUAUGACAGUGAAACAAGCUUUCAAAUGAGAUCAGAAUCCGAAGAAAGUGACUGUGUUUCGCGAACUACAACUUUGAAAAGUAUUCCAAGAAAAGCCUGCAGAAUACCACAUCACAGGUAGCUGAAGAGACUGGCGUUCAAGUUAGCUAAAAUAACUUUAUGGAAUAUAUUUUGAUUUAAUAUUGCCUCACUAUUUUUAAAUCUUAUAAAAUAUUGUAUUCUUAAAUGAUUUUCUUGUAUAAUUUUUAUAAUUUAUCUGAAAGUAUAUUACUUCUUGUUUUCAGUGGUUGUGAUUUACUACUAAGUUAUAUUUUGAUUUUAUUGACGACGAUCUUUAUAACUAAGAGAAGCUAUUUCAAGCAAUAAGGUACAGAUACGUUUAUAUCUUAAUAUAUUUAUUUAAAUAUUGGUAUAGUAUAAAUUUUUAUUAACCACGUUUUUAUUAUGUCACUUUCUUAUAUGACUGUUUGUCUGUCUGUCUGUCCAUCUAUCGUUCAGAGUGGAAUUUAGUUAUUGAUUUUAAACUAACUUCCCGAUGAGUUGAUAACUUGAAAUUUUGAAUAAAGCUUAAAUUCCUAUGACAAUGUGAGAAUAUGACUAAACAAACGUGGUUCAUUAACAUUUUUUAAUACAACAUUUUGAAAAAAAAAAUCACUUGUUCAUAUCAUUUUUAAAUGAUAUAGAAAUAAAGUAGACUAAUAAAUACUGCCAUAAAAUACUAAAGUAGGUUUCAUUGUCCGGUCAAAGAAGCAACAUACACUUUUUUAUUUAUAAUAAUCUUAGUACUUUAUUUUAUUCUUAUCGAUGUAAACGCAAUUUUAAAAAAGAAUCGAAACGAUUGUAAUUAUAGCUUCUGCAAUUAUUAUAUAAAGUAGAGAAAAUGUUUAUUAUAAUGAUUAUCUUCAAAAGACUGAUUAUUUAACAUUUAAUUUUAUAUCAUUCAAUUGUGUAAAUCCUCGAUUUACUCGUACUAGAUAUACAAAAAAUCUUUGAGAAAUAAAUAAAUGUUAGAAUAU